ACCCCUCCACUCUCUCUCUCCCCCUCUCCAUGAGCUUUUCAUUCUCUUAUUAAUUUCAAACGCAAUAAAAACAAUAAAAACUGAUAGACAUUCAGUGCCUUAAAAUCUCCGCUCUCUCUCUCUACCAAUGAAGCGUACCCGUCACCCGUCACCCACCUCCUCUACCACCACCGGAAAUCUCCACUUCUGUACAUGACGAAACUACACCUCUCCUCCGCUGUCCUCUCCGUCACCACCCUCUCACUUCUCUCCUUCAUCUUAUCAUCUCCAUUUCUAACCCAUGCCUUGGGCUCCGGCUCCACCCUCGCGGUCAUCUCCGCCACCUCCACCGUCUGUGGCGUCGCCGCCUCCCAACCAUCCCAAAGUAUUACCUGCUAUAGACGAACCCCCAUCGCCGAAAUCAUCACCGUCCAACCUAACGUCUCCUUCUCCGCCAUCUCCGGCGGUUCCUCCUUCUUCUGCGGUCUACGUUCUGGGGGCUAUGCUUUCUUAUGCUGGGACACAUCGAAUUUCUUUUUUGAAUCUCGAAGAGUCUAUGUUAACAACACCGCCCUUCUACAAAACCUCUCUGUUGGUGAUAAUCAAGUGUGUGCAAUUGUUAAUGACACAUCGAGUGUCAACAAAACUGGGACCGUUAGGUGUUGGAGGGGAGAUGGUAAUGCAAGUAAACAAUCACCAAGCGAAGGCGAUAAAUUUAAGUCAAUUUCAAGUGGGUCUGGCUUCUCAUGUGGGAUUUUAAUGGAAAAUAACAGAAUUAAGUGUUGGGGUAAUAAUGCAAUUGCAAAAGAGAUUGAACUUGGUUUUGCCGAUAUGAUAAUUUUGAAUCUUGAAGUGGGUGGUUUGCAUGUUUGUGGUGUCAAUUCUAGUGGCGUUUUGGUGUGCAAAGGGGAUAAUAGUUUUGGUCAAUUGAAUGUCCCUUCAAAUAAUGCGUUGGAAUAUUCACAGUUGGCUCUUGGGGCUAGUCAUAGCUGUGCGAUUCGAAGGAAUAAUGGAUCUGUUGUUUGUUGGGGAGGUGGUGGUGAAUAUAAUGUGAGUGAGAUUCAGGGUGUUUUCUUUGAGUCUAUUGUUUCAGGUUCUAAUUUUAGCUGUGGAUUGGUUUCGCGUGAUUUUUCGAUUAUGUGUUGGGGACCAGGGUGGCCUAAUGCUUCAGGGACUCGGCUUCCGCUGGGCGAGGUUUUACCAGGGCCAUGUGUGCAAUCUUCUUGUAGUGAAUGCGGUUUGUAUCCGCGAUCUGAGAAGUUGUGUUCUGGUUCAGGGAACAUUUGCAAGCCUUGUGGUCCCAAUGCUUCGAUAUUAACACCGUUGGCUCCGCCGUCAUUGCCAUCAGCACCACCCCCGUCGAUAGUGCCCAAGUCAUCUCCGUCCAAUAAAUUGACAACAGGGUUAUUGGCAUUUGCUAUUGUUGGAUCAGUAGGGGGGUUUGCCGGAAUUUGCACGAUUAUUUAUUGCUUGUGGACUGGAGUUUGCUUUGGUAAGAAGAAAGUGCAUAAUUCAGUUCAGCCUACAAUUACUAGAGCUGUUUCCAUUGCCGGCGUGACAUCAAAUAAUAGUGGUUUAAAUUCGAGAUCAUCAACUAUAAGGCGCCAGAGCUCAAGGGUGAUGAGGCGUCAGAGGAGUGGAACGUCAUCAAAGCAUGGGGAUAGAGCUGAGGAGUUUAGUCUUGCUGAACUUGCUGCUGCUACCAACAAUUUUUCAGUAGAGAACAAGAUUGGUGCAGGGAGUUUUGGUGUUGUUUAUGGAGGGAAAUUGAAAGAUGGCCGCGAAGUGGCGAUUAAGAGAGGGGAAACAGGCCAGAAGAUGAAGAAGUUUCAAGAAAAAGAGAGUGCUUUUGAAUCAGAAUUGGCGUUCUUGUCAAGGCUUCACCACAAACAUCUGGUAAGGCUUGUUGGGUAUUGUGAAGAUGGAGAUGAGAGGCUUCUAGUUUAUGAUUACAUGAAGAAUGGAGCUCUUUAUGACCAUUUACAUGACAAGAACAACAUUGAAAAGAGUAGCAGUGUGAUAAAUUCAUGGAAAAUGAGGAUCAAGAUUGCACUUGAUGCUGCUAGAGGAAUUGAAUAUCUUCACAACUAUGCAGUCCCAACAAUAAUUCACAGAGACAUCAAGUCGUCAAAUAUAUUACUCGAUGCGAAUUGGACAGCAAGAGUUUCUGAUUUUGGGUUGUCGUUGAUGGGUCCUGAAUCAGAACAGGAUUACAAUUACAGACCAACAAAGGCAGCAGGAACAGUUGGGUACAUUGAUCCUGAGUACUAUGGCCUGAAUGUAUUAACUGCAAAGAGUGAUGUCUAUGGCCUUGGUGUGGUAUUAUUAGAACUCCUGACUGGAAAAAGAGCCAUUUUCAAGGGUGAUGAUAAUGGAGGCACACCAACAAGUAUAGUGGAUUUUGCGGUGCCUAAACUUAUGGUUAAUGAAUUGGGUAAGAUUUUGGAUCCCAGGGUUGGACCGCCGGAGCUUAAUGAAGCAGAAGCAGUGGAGCUGGUGGGAUACACUGCAAUGCAUUGUGUGAAUUUGGAAGGGAAAGAUAGGCCAACUAUGACAGACAUUGUUGCUAACUUGGAGCGAGCCUUGUCCCUCUGUGAUGGUAGUAGCCAUGGCAGCAUCUCUAGUGGUAGAAUAUCAAUUGUUUCAGAUUGAAAUUUCAAUUUUCAAACCCAGAAGAACAAAUAUUUUUUUGGAUAAUUUAAUUGGGUAUACAUUUGGGCUACUGUAAAGAAUUAGGAUUUUUUUUUUCCUUUUCAAUUGUAGAGGAAUUAGGAGUAUUUAUCUAACAUCGAGCUGUAAUGUAGGGUUUUGUGAACACUGACCGCAAGGAGAAUGAUUACAUGAUUUAUUUUUACGGAGAAUA